GUAUGAUAUUGGAGGCAACGCCGAAGAAGCACGCGGUCUAUUGGAGAUACACAACCAUUUAUGUGAAAAACUAGCAGCCAAACAAGAUCAGAUUUCCCAACUUUUAUCACGAGCUGAUGACUUGGUCACGCAGCAGACAUCAGAAAGUCAAAGCCAAGUGUACGCCGCCAUGGCAGAAUCAUUGAAUCGGGCAUGGAGAGACUUACUUGGUGUGUUGUCGCAACGAGGGAGACUACUCGAACUUGCUGUAGACUGCUUUACUGCAGCUGAAGAGGUCGUUGCUAAAGCGAAAGAAGUGGAGGAACGAUGUCUUACCGAUGGAUGGGGCCAUGAUGUCGAAUCUGUGAGGAAGUUAAUCAAGGAACAUGAAGCUCUGAGACACAGUCAUCUACUGGAGCCCACACAUCGCUUGCUGAAUAUCGCCAAUAGUCUACUGGACCUACUGGGAAGAUUGUCCAACCAUCCUGGUCCUUCUGAUCCCUAUUCUGCUACGCACGGAGCGAGUCAGGCUAGCGUGGAGGCUCGCGAGCGUGUCGCAUUAAUCACUGCCAAAGGUGGUUUAAGUCGACGUCAUGCGGAAGUUGCAUGGAAUCGCAGAGAUCGUUUACUUCAAAUGCGUCUGACCGCAGUAACCAUAGCAACGGACCUGGAUGAUAUCGUGGACUGGUUCGUGAAGGUCGGGGAGCCACGUUUGUGCGACGCUCAAAUUGGCACCACCCUGUCCGAGUGUGAAACAAAUCUCGGGAGGUUAAUUGCAUUGGGAGACGAAGUUCGGGAAAUACAGAACCGUCACACAGAUCUUAUGCGACAUUUACAGCAAGUGUCCAGCUCCGAUCACUGGCGAGUUGGCCAGCUUCGAACGGUGUUUGAAACACUGGAUUCCACCAGUCAGUCCCUAGAGUCUGCUUUGCAACAGUACUACGGCCAGAUUGAUUCCCCAGGACUGCUAAAGACAAGCUUUCUUGAUAUGCAGUCGAGCGGUGAUGAGACUUGGAAAGAAACUCAGAGCGCCUACUCUCAUUUGAAUGAAAGGAUGAGGACUACGGAGGCGUAUAUAUGGGAAUUCCUGGAUCGCCUAGAAAAUCGACGACGUCAGCUUCAUACCGGAGUGAUUUACUACACGGAAUGCAACUUACUACUAACCCAAAUAUAUCAGCUUGAAGCAGAUUUGAAGCGAAAACAGGAGUACCCAUUAACGGCGCUGGAAGACUCUUACUUCGAGAGAUUGAAUGGCCUAGAGGACCGUGUGCCAAGCUUGCGACAAAUGUUGAAUGAUUUAAGUAAAACCUAUGAUGACUCCUCAAGCAUGCCUACAGCGCUUCGAAGCAAACUGAGUCAACACCUUCGCAUAGCGGUGUCAGGCCAGGGUUUGUCUUCUGCGUCAAGAACUGCAGCAUCGGAAAAACUGAAGGAAAUCGAAGACGGGAUAGCGAGAUGCCGAUCCCUGUUUUCUAUGUAUCAAGAGAGCAGUAUCAGAGCACAAAGAAAACAGCAAGUGGAAGCCCGAACAGAGACGGUAAGCGUCAUUUACAUGAAAAUCUGA